AUGUCCUCCGGCGUCACCUUCACCCUCUCCAACGGUGUUAAGAUCCCCGGAGUCGGCUUCGGUACCUUUGGCAACGAGGGUGCCAAGGGCGAGACGUACGACGCCGUCACCGUUGCGCUGAAGACGGGUUACAGACACCUGGACUGCGCAUGGUUCUACAAGAACGAGGAUGAGGUUGGCCAGGCCUUGAAGGACUUCCUCAAGGAGAACCCCUCCGUCAAGCGGGAGGACAUCUUCAUCUGCACCAAAGUCUGGAACCACCUGCACCGCUACGACGACGUCCUGUGGUCUCUCAACAACUCCCUGCAGAAGCUCCAGCUCGACUAUGUCGAUCUCUUCCUGGUUCACUGGCCCAUUGCGGCCGAGAAGGAUGGCCAGGAGCAGCCCAAGAUUGGUCCCGAUGGAAAGUACAUCAUCCUCAAAGAUCUGACUGAGAACCCCGAGGAGACAUGGCGCGCGAUGGAGAAGCUCUACGAGGAAAAGAAGGCGCGCGCCAUUGGUGUCUCCAACUGGACCAUCAAGGGCCUCGAGAAGCUGUUCAAGUUCGCCAAGAUCAAGCCACACGUCAACCAGAUCGAGAUCCACCCCUUCCUGCCCAACAACGAGCUGAUUGACUUCUGCUUCAAGAAUGAUAUCCUGCCCGAGGCCUACUCGCCCCUGGGCUCGCAGAACCAGGUGCCCACGACGGGCGAGAAGGUCAGCGAGAACCCUACGCUGAACGAGAUCGCCAAGAAGAACGGCUACACGCUGGCUCAGGUCCUCAUCGCAUGGGGUCUGCGUCGCGGCUACGUCGUGCUGCCCAAGAGCUCGAACCCGGCCCGUAUCCAGUCCAACUUCAAGUCGAUCGAGCUGUCCGACGAGGACUACGAGGCUGUCAACAAGGUCGCUGACCACCGUCACUUCCGCUUCGUCAACAUGAAGGACACCUUCGGCUACGACGUGUGGCCCGAGGAGGCCAAGAAUGCCAUCAGCACCGAGUAA